AUGGGCCCUACAAGUCAGUCUCCCCUUUUCCAUCGACCCGACAUCUCAUCUCAGUUCAAGUUCCGGAUAGAGAACCGCUCGCAGCUAUUCCCGGUGCGGUACCGGCAGGCGGGGGCGGGGGACGAGGCGUGGGAGGCGCUGGCGGUGGGGGCGGCCAAGUCGUUUGCGUGGGAGGACGGGCGCGGGCUGCGCCUGCUGGAGCUCAUGGUGGACGGCGCACACUCCUCCACGGCGCGCCGCGUGGCCAUCGACGACCCCGCUGUGCUCGAGCCCGCCACCAACGCCUCUGGCCGCCCCGUCGCGCCGCUGCUCGUCACCGUCGCCCGAGAGCCCGCUCCGUCGGGUGGGGGGUGUGUGAUGCGCGUGUGCCUGCACGACUGGCGCCCCUCCGACCCCUCCCUUGUCCACCUCGCCCUCUCCCUCACGCCCUCCUCCCUCCUCACCGCGCCUCCCCCUGCCCUCACGGUGGGGAGCGAGGGGUCCAGCGCGGUGGCGACAGCAGAGGGGGCGGGGGGCGGAGGGGAGCGGCGGGUGGUGGUGGUGGUGGAGGUGGAGGAGUGUGGCGUGUCAGUAGUAGACGCCACCCCCGAGGAGCUGCUCUACAUCUCCAUGACCGGCGCCCUGCUCUCCCUCGACUCCACCGCCCCCUCCUCCGCACGCCCAGGCACCUCGGGGGGGAGUGGGUCGGGUGGGGUGAGCCGGGUGAAGCUGCAGGUGGGGCAUCUGCAGAUUGACAACCAGCUGGCUGUGACGGCCAUGCCCGUGUUGCUGGCACCUGAGGAUCCACCUGGGGUGGUGCAGCCAUACGUGCUGAAGCUCACUGUGGCCAUGCGGCCGGCACGGGACGAGGAUGAGCAGUCGUUCCCUUACAUCGGCCUGCAGCUACCGAGUGCCGCCUGGCUGGUGAACAUCCACGAGCCAAUCAUCUGGCGUCUCGCUGACAUGGUCAAGCGCCUCUCCGCCCACCGCCUCGACGCCCCCCCCGCAACCCACCUCCGUCUCCCUCGACCCGCGCGUGCACGUCGGGUGAGAGCAGUGCACAUGUUGGGUAUUCACGUCUCACGUGUUGACAUGACCUGCCUGGAACACUGGCUGCUGAACAUCUCGGAGGGGCGGCUGAAGCUGACGAUGGCCAUGUCCCCGCUGCACCGCCCGCGCUACAUGAUGGGCUUCUGGACGUCCGUGCUCACCUCCAUGGGCAACACCGAUGAGAUGCCGAUCCGCCUGUCCCCGCGGGUGCGGGAGGGGGUGGUGUUGCGGCGCAGCCAGGUGUGGGCGGAGGCGUGGCGCAGUGUGAGCAACGACCUGCUGGCGCAGCCGUUCCGCCUGCUGUCGGGGCUGGACGUGCUGGGCAACGCCAGCAGCGUGGUGGGGCAGGUCAGCAAGGCCGUGGCGGGCAUGAGCAUGGACCGCGCCUUCAUCCGCGCGCGCCACAAGCACGACGCCAAGGCCGCCGUCGGCUCGCUGGGCGACGGGCUGCGCGAGGGCGGGGAGGCGCUGGCCAAGGGGCUGUUCCGCGGGGUCACGGGCAUCCUCACCAAGCCCAUUGAGGGCGCGCGCGACGGCGGCGUGGAGGGCUUUGUGGCGGGCAUGGGGCGCGGGCUGAUCGGUGCGGCGGCGCAGCCGGUGAGCGGCGUGCUGGACCUGGUGAGCAAGACCACGGACGGCGUCAACGCCGAGCGCGCGCGCCUCUCCGCCGCCAUGACUGCCAAGCUCGCUCUGCGCCGCCGCCGCCUGCCGCGUGCCAUCCGCGGCGACCACGUGGUGCGGCCAUAUGAUGAGUACGCGGCGCGCGGGCAGAGCAUCCUGCAGCUGGCGGAGUGGGGCGCGCUGACGGGCGCGAGCGUGUUUGACAUCCGAGAGAAGGGCAAGUUCGCCCUCAGCGACGCGUACGAGGACCACUUCCACCUGCCGGCGCGCCGCAUCCUCAUGAUCACCCACCAGCGCACCAUGCUGCUCGAGCAACCGGGCGGUGGAGCGCUGGCAGGGGGGCGCAAGCCGGACCUGACUCGGGAGGCGUGCAGCAUCGUGUGGGCCGUGGCGUGGGGCGACCUGCUGUCUCUGGAGGUCAUGCGCGGCCGCGAUGAGCCGCCCUCCGCCCCGCCGUCACGUGUUGUGCUGCAUCUGCGGGAGUGGUCAGCAGACGUGCGGCUGCUGGACGCCAAGGAGAUCGCCCGCGUGGUGCUGUGCCAGGCAGGCACGGAGCAGGCACAGCAAGUGCGAGACGCCAUCCAGCGCGCCCUCGACCAGUUCGGCCCCGAUCGGGCCACCGUCGCCGCUCAGACGCGCAAGCGGCGGCAGGAGAGUCGGCCGUACACGGGGGCAGGGGCGGGGGCGGCGUCUGGGGCGGCGUUGGGGCUGCUGGCAGGGCCAGCAGCGCCGGUGGUGGUGCCGGUGAUGGCGACGUUUGGAGCGCUGGUGGGCGGCGCGGGGCAGGUGAUGCUGGAGGCCGACAGCCACGGCGACCUCGCCUCCCCUUCCUCCCGCCACCGCCCCUCCCUCGCUGCUCCUGCCUCCGGCCCCGCUCGGCCGCGUGCCAUGACGGGCAGAGGCAGCUUCGGGGACGUGGUAGGGGCGGACGUGAAUGGGCCGCCUGCCAUUGUGGUGAAGGCAUUCAAGCUGAUGUGGUGGGACAAGGGAGCGGUGUGGAGCCAGAAGUUCCCCGUAUCCAUCUGGCGCCCCAUCCUGCGCCCAGGGUAUGUGUCGGUGGGGGACGUGGCAACACCAGGGUACGACCAGCCGGUGAGGAGCACCGUCUAUCUCGACACCGGCGCCGGCAAGUUCGCUCCGCCUCUCGGCUUCGAUCUGGUGUGGCGGGACACAGACAGCGGGGCGUGCACGCCGGUGACAAUCUGGGCACCGAGGGCGCCGGAGGGGUAUGUGGCGGUGGGGUGCGUGGCGGUGCCCGACUACUACGAGCCCGACCGCAGCGCCGUGGCGUGCGUGGCGGCGGGCGCAGUGGGCGCGGCGGAGCUGGGGCGGCUGCCCAUAUGGCGCGACCGCAAGGGCGCAGCGCUGUGGAAGUGCAGCCUGUGGCAGGUGCACAACGCCGCGCGCACCUUCCUGGCACGGCGCGACCAUGAGAGCCCACCACCAGGCAUGGCCUUUGAUGUGAAGGUGGAGGACACACACACAGAUGCACGCAGUGCCACCUUCGUGCACACAGGGUAG